AUGGCGCUGGAAUUGUCCUCUGUUUUCCAAGAUACAAGUUCGUACUUCCCGGAUUGUAUUCUCCUGAGCGUACGCUCGAAAAAUUGCACACUAAUGCCUCAGUGAGUGUCAGAAUGGCGAGUGACACGUUUGGUUUUGAUCUUCUGUACAAAUUGCAUUAUAAUGAAAUCCAGAAAAAAGAAGACGUAAUAAUCUUGUUUGCGCAUUGGUAUCUAGUGAAACAUGGACUUCGAUGUAUCGGCACUGGAGAUAAUAUCAUUUUUGACGCAUCAGAGAAAGGGUCAGAAUUGCUUCCCAAGGAGUGGAACAUAGAUCUCAGUUACACAUUGCGUUACAUUAGAAAUGGCAAAUUGUUUUUGCUCAGUGGGAUCAAAGCGGAUGAUGAGAUACUUAUAAACCUUGUGAAGCUUGAGGACGAUUCUAUUACCAAUAUUGCAUUCGCAAUUGAGAGAACUGUAUUAGGACUACAUGGACCUCUGGAAACUAUAAUACCAUCCUACGAGAAGAUUAUACGUCGGCUACAAAAAGAUUUUUUGAAACCAUUGUAUAAGUUCAGUCUGAUUGAUCUGGGAAAUGUUAAGGAAGCAGGGACUCAAACAACUGCAUCUAAUACAUCGUCGUGCACAAGAGACCGUCCUCCGUUGGAUUGUAAAUAUUGGUCGCGUAAUCCGAUUCCGGAUAACACCGAUCCUGGGAGAGUAGGUGCUGCUGAUCUUUAUCCGGGUGGACAAGGUGGUGGGAUGAUAUUCAAUCCUUUCGGCGGUCAUCCAUAUGCACGCGUACCAGAAAGUCUUGGGAUACCUGGGAUAUUACCUUCAGGCGCGAUACCACCUGGUGCGAGAUUCGAUCCGAUUGUUCCACCUGAUUUAGAACCUCCAAGACCAUCUCGUCUCAGACCCGAUGCCGACCAUUUGCCCCCUCCGGGUUAUGGUGAUAUGUUUAUGUAGAGAAAAUUAAACUACAAAUGAAAUGAAUCUGGAAGUAAACCACAAAUGCGUUGGAUUGUAUAUGUUAAUACGGCGUUUAUAUAUCUAAUAUUACUCUGUAGCGGUGACACGUAUUUCGAUAUAUCACGACUAAGAGAGCGAGAUGCCUGUAAUAUAUAUUUCGCUGUAAUAAAAUUAGAAACUUUAUUUUUACAGUACACAUCAGAAAGAAUCGUUAUAAAA